AUGGCUUUCCUUCUCAUUCUUACCACAUUCAUUUCCCUAUUUUUGAACCCCAUUGCUGCCCUACCGCUCUCGAUUGAGGCCAGAGCGGUCUCCCAGGAUCUUUUAACCCAGCUCUCAUUCUUCGAGCAGUAUUCGGCAGCAGCAUAUUGUCCAGCCAACAACUCACCGGGUUCUUCGACAGCAAUCACUUGUGAGGCCGGGAAUUGUCCACUCGUGCAAACUGCUGGUGCCCAAUCCAUUGUAGAGUUUCAAAAUGUCGGAAUCUCUGAUUCUACUGGCUUCGUGGCUCUAGAUCAUACGAACAAUUUGAUCGUCAUAUCUUUCCGAGGUUCGAGGAGCGUUCUAAACUUCAUCGCUAAUUUGAAUUUUGUCUUGGUCCCCUGGUCGGUCUGCAACGGCUGCUUUGCACAUGCUGGCUGGCUUGACUCGUGGAGCGGUGUCAAAUCUCAAGUCCAAGGCGCCGUUGACGAUGCUCGGGCCACAUAUCCGAGUUACAAAAUCAUUGCCACUGGCCACUCUCUCGGAGGAGCACUUGCGACGCUCGCUGCCGCCGACCUGAGAACGGCUGGCUAUACCAUUGAUCUGUACACAUAUGGUUCACCAAUGGUAGGGAACGCUGCACUGGCAACCUUCGUCACAGCGCAAACAACUGCCAACUUUCGCGUCACACACGCACAAGACGUCGUCCCCAAACUUCCAGGCUAUGGUUUCGGAUACGCCCAUGUCUCUCCUGAAUAUUGGAUUACCUCGGCAACUGGGGCUGCUGUCACCCCGAACGAUAUCCAAGUCUCAAGUGGGGUUGUCAACUUCAAGGGCAAUCAGGGUACCUUGGGGAACAGUAUCGAUGAUCAUCUAUGGUACUUCAACAAUAUCUCAGGGUGUGGAGGAGACACUCUAGAAAUAGUCAAAGUGUAA